GGGGCAGGAUGUGGUGGGGUAAGAGCCAGCGUUAACGUUACUACCGCACACGGCCGGAGCGGGUCGCCAUGCUGGAGGCGGAGAGCAGCUGCAGCAGCUGCAGUGGAGGUCACUGACUGACGGACCGGCUGACGAGACGAGCUGACGGACUGGGACGGAGCGGAGCUAACCUACGUGGCGAGCGGGGGCAGAUAGCAGGCAGCGGUGGAGAGGAGCGUGUCCGCGGAAAGUUCUUCAGACUGAGGAGGACGGUGUGUGUGUGUAAACUUGGCAGGAGGUAGUAAGCUAGUUAGGUUCGCUCGUUAGGGAGAACCAGCGCUCUGUGUAGAUAAGCGUAGGUUCAGCUAAAUCAGUGAUUCGGCCGCAAUCUCAGGAAGUUCAAUCCGGGAACUUUUCUCUAGCAACCGUCGUUUGGAAGUGUUUAUUUACGUGUUAGCUUAGCUAGCUAAGUUAGUUAGCUACUAAGUUACUACUCUCCUAAAGUUGGACUUAUUUGGACUCUUUUACAGCUGUUUCCUCGCUUUGUGGAACUUUUAACACUGUUCAAACAUGAGUGCGACCACAAAUGGAGUUGAACCCAAUGCAGCACCUGCGCCCAAUCAGAACGGACUGGACCAGGGUCCAAAACCGGACCCUCGCACGGACCCGGACCCGGGCGGAGAGCCUCAGUCCUCGGUAGGAGACGCUAAAAACAACGGGAUUAAAUUCGCCAAGUCCUUCCUGCUGGUGCUGCCUAUCUACGUGCUGGGCUACCUGGAGUUCAGCUUCAGCUGGAUCCUGCUGGGCCUGGCGGUUCUGUUCUGGCUCAGGCGGAACCAGGCGGCCAGGUUUCCGCAGGUCACCCGGGCCCUGGCCUUUUUCGAGCACGAAGAGCAGCUCGUCCGCCAGAGCUUACCGACCACAGAGCUGCCACCCUGGGUUCAUUUUCCUGAUGUAGAACGAGUGGAGUGGCUCAAUAAGACGGUGCAUCAGAUGUGGCCGUAUAUCUGUCAGUUUGUGGAUAAACUCUUCCGUGAGACCAUCGAGCCAGCUGUGAAAGGAGCAAACGCACACCUCAGCUCUUUCUGCUUCUCCAAGAUAGACAUGGGAGACAAGCCGCUCCGGGUUAAUGGAGUGAAAGUGUACACAGAGAAUGUAGACAAACGACAGAUUAUCAUGGACCUGCAAAUCAGCUUUAUUGGAAACACAGAGAUCGAUGUGGAAAUUAGGAAAUACUACUGCAAAGCGGGCAUCAAGAGCAUACAGCUACAUGGGGUGUUGAGAGUCGUCAUGGAGCCGUUACUGGGAGACAUGCCUCUGAUUGGAGCGCUGUCUCUCUUCUUCCUCAAAAAACCUACUUUGGACAUUAACUGGACUGGCCUGACAAACAUGUUGGACAUCCCAGGACUCAAUGGGCUUUGUGAUGGAGUGAUUGAGGACAUUAUCUCCAGUAACCUGGUUCUGCCCAACAAAAUAACUGUUCCACUGGUGGGCGACGCACAACUGGCACAGCUACGCUUCCCUAUACCCAAGGGUGUUUUGCGAGUGCAUUUUCUGGAGGCACAGAACCUGCUGGCUAAGGACAAGUUUCUAAAGGGUCUGAUUAAAGGGAAGUCUGAUCCGUACGGGGUGGUUAAAAUUGGCAACCAGCUUUUCCAGAGCAAGGUGAUCAAAGACUGCCUGAACCCUAAAUGGAAUGAAGUUUAUGAGGCGUUGGUGAACGAUCAGCAGAAUAUUGAAAUUGAGCUUUUUGAUGAAGACCCCGAUGAAGACGACUUCCUGGGCAGGCUUACACUGGAUCUGAAUGAGUUGCAGAAGGAAAAGAAAGUUGAUGAGUGGUUUGUGUUGGAUGAAGUGUCCUCUGGAAAACUGCACCUAAAAUUAGAGUGGCUGUCUCCUCUAUCUACAUCUGAUACACUGGACCAGGUGUUGAGCAGUAUUAGAGCAGAAAAGGGACAUGCUAAUGAUGGACUCUCUUCAGCACUGUUAGUCGUACACCUGGACUCAGCCAGAAACCUGCCUAGUGUAUUUGAGGGGGAUUUGAGCAGUGGUUGUCUAAAGGAGCGUCGCACUGCGGGUCUGGUGUUCUGUGAGAACACAGCAACUCUCUGCAGGACUCUGUUUCGCAAUCCAUUAGAAUUCAACCAUGCAUGUCUGAAGGAGUCCUCAAUCAAUAAAGCAUUAAAGUCUGCAAAAAAGGUCAGCAGUGAUCCCAGUCCCCUGGUCCAGUUUAGAGUUGGACACAAGACCUUUGAGAGCAAGACUCGUUAUAAAACCAAUGAGCCUGUGUGGGAGGAGGCCUUCACAUUCCUAAUACACAACCCAAAGAGUCAGGAGCUGGAAGUAGAGGUGAAGGAUGAGAGGCACGAGUGUUCACUGGGCACCAUGACCCUGCCCCUGACUCAGCUUCUGGAGGCAGAGAAUAUGACCCUCAGUCACAGGUUCCCUCUGAAGAGCGCAGGACCCAGCGCUACACUGAAAAUGAAGAUGGCUCUGAGGAUUCUUAGUUUAGAAAAGUCUUCAUCACCACCAGACCUUCCCUCCUUAGUCCAGGUUCGCAAUCGCAGUUCCAGCAUUGCUCCACAAACACCUAAUUCCAGUGCUCUCCAAAACUCCUCAAAUUCCAGCACUACCCCUAAACCCACAGCCUCCGGUGUUGCUCCAAAGCCUCUGUCCCAGGCUCCGUCCCAGCUUCCAUCUCAGAUUCCAUCCCAGCCUCCGUCCCAGUCUCCGCCCCAGCCUCCAUCAGUUCCAGAGCCUCUCAAGUCUGUCCCUGAACACAUGGCGUUAGUGGAACCUGUCUCUAACAGCACACCGUCAGAGGAUUCACCCAGUCGUCUGGCAGAUACGGGCAGAAGCGCGUCUAACUUGGCGAUCUCAGGCUCUCGGCUGAACCUGAACAACAAAGAGCCAACACCCAGCAUUGCUUCUGACAUCUCCAACCCCUGCGCCACUGAGGAGCUCCAGCAACGACUCAAACAGCUGGAGAAUGGUUCCUCUCUCAGUCACUGUCCCCUGGGCCAGAUUCAGCUGACCAUCAGACACAGCUCCCAGAGAAACAAGCUCAUAGUGGUGGUACACUGCUGCAGGAAUCUGAUCGCUCUAUCAGAGAGUGGUUCUGACCCGUACGUGCGUCUGUAUCUGCUGCCGGAUAAGCGCCGGUCUGGACGUAGAAAAACUCGCACAAUGAAGAAAAACCUCAACCCGACCUACGACGAAACGUUUGAAUUCAGUGUGUCUCUGGUUGAGCUGCACAGGAGGACUCUGGACGUGGCCGUGAAGAAUGGAGGAGGAAUUCUGUCCAAACACAAAGGAUUUCUUGGCAAGGUGCUGGUGGAUUUGACUUCAGAUGACAUAUCAAAGGGCUGGACCCAAUGGUACGAUCUGAGUGCAGACGGAUUGAGGAAAACGUUGAUUUAAUCAGAAGAGACGAUCACGACCCCGCCUUCAGAAACUACAGCUCUGUGCAUGAGAGCGUCAGCCGUAUUGAAGUGUUCUGUUUUUAGCGGGGGGCGCGUUCUGUACAUGUAAUAUAUGACCUUUUUUUUUUUAAUGGGGAAGUUUUUAUUGAGGAGACCUGCAGAGCAAGAAAUGAAUGUUUUUGCAUAUUUGUUUAGGUUGCUCGUGGGCGUGUGGGGUUAAUUUGUGCAAUAGAAAAAGGAAAAUUGAACUUUUAUGGGUUCAGACGAUGGAUUAUUUGUUAAUCUGUUUGUUUAUUGAGUGAGUGAGCGAGUCAGAGAGUAAAACAGUAGCAGUUUUAGGUUAGAGCAGGGUUAGAGAAGUAUAUGCAAAUAUUAGGACAGGUCUGUAUUUAAACUAUGUCCAGCACUGAGUGCUUGGACCCCUAAUCACCCCAGUUUUGCUUUUUAAAUCAAAAUAAAUAAAACGACUUAAUAUAAACCAAACGUACAAAAUAUAAAUUCAUAAUGGUAACAGUCGAAGCCAAGUGUACAUGUGCAGGCAGCCAUGAGAGUGUAUUGUCUUAAACCAAAAAUGUACAAAAAAAAAAUCUAUCUGUUAUCUGAUAGUUUGCACUUUGUUGUGUGUGUGUGUGUGUGUGUGUUUGGGGAUGUUCACCUGUAUUAUGUUAUGUUAUACUCAUGGUUCUGUAUAUUUUGAUAUUUACCAUAUAUAUAUAUAUACACACACCACAAUCCUUCUCAUGUUAUUAAGCUCAUAUUAAGCAUAUAUAUGAGUCUUACUGCUGCAUAAACAUACAUGUAUCAUAUACCUUAUGUUCGCCUUAGGAUCCCGUAGGAGCAGAGCACCUGUAAAGGCCUUUGUUAAUGCUGAAGGUAUAUUGCUAUUGUAGAUAUGAGACCAAACCUCAGUCCUUUUAUCUCUAAUGAAGCAGAUCCUGCUUUCCCUUUAAGCACCUGUGGACUAAACUCUCCUCAGUACUUCUUACUGCAGCCAAGCUCACUUGUUUCAUCCUGUUUUUAUUAUCUUUAUCAGUAAGGGAUUUGUUUAUUAUAUUGUUAUUAAUAAUUAUGCAAAAUGACAAGCUUGCCUUUAAGCUGUAUGUAUGUAUAUGUAUGUAUGAGUGUCUGUGUGUGUAUGUGUGUAUGUGUGUCUAUAUAUAUAUAUAGAUAUAUAUAUAUUUCCUGUGCCUUAGGCCAGGGUAGGUGUGUCAGAUGAGCUCCAAAAUUAAAAAAAAAAAAAAAAAGAAAUGAUAAAACUUCUGUCAGUGGUGUUUGUUGCCAUCUGAUACACUUUUCCCGAUCAGAGAUGCCUACAAAUUUCAACCUUUUCCUUCCAAUGGCACUUCUAUAUGACUGUCUAUGGAAUCACACAGCAGGUAAAAGUAGCCCUAAUCUGAUUUUCUCAUAAAAUCUGAUGGUUACUUUAGGCUUUUCACACAGUGUCAUCUUUUUAAUUUGACCAAUAUCCUGAACAGUUCUUCUAAACUAAAGCUCAUGCUCUCGAAAAAAGCAACGCUUCAUGUGAAGUUUCGGUUUCAUCCUACUCAGAAUACAAUCGCUUGAGCUAUCAAGGAGUUCCAGCGUCUAACAACUGUACUUAUUACCGAGGAUUAGCUUAAACAAAUUUUAUUUGUCCUCCAUUUCUUAAAAUUUUGUUUUUAAAAUCGUUUUUUUUUUUGUGCCUACUAAAUGAGUUUAACCCCUUAACAGGCCAGGUUGAGGAUUUGUAUUCAAACAUUACAUAAAAAGCUUUCAUGUUUGAUAAGGAACAAGCAUAAUUGUAAUUGUAAUAGAAAAUAUAAAUAUAUAUAUAUUUAAGUAAAACUGCUAAUUUCUAAAUAUAAUGAAUAAAUUGGCUUUUUCCUGAACUUCAUUUUAAAAUCAAUAUUUUCCUGAAUAGAAAUAAAACAGUUUAUGUCCUCCAAACCUUAAAUUUUAUGUUUGUCUUGUUUUUUCAUCUAUUUUUAAACUUUGAAUUUGUGUUGACUCCUGUUACUGAUCUGGAAUUAUUAAGUGAAGAAGAGAGAAAACAGGCAGCUUCUCCAAGUGUCCUGUAAGAGAUUUCAAAUCCCUCGAAUUUUCAGAGUGUACAUAAAUAAUUUUACUGAAGAAAAAAGGGUUUUGUGUCACUUACACCUGUAGCCAGUAUACAGGAAAAGGCAUGUUAAGGGGUUAAACAGAGACAUUAGUCCAAAUGUUUGAUGUCUGUUACCUUUAUCUUGCCACUGAAAACCUUACUCACCUCUGUCGUCCAUUUUCCCUUAUCCUCUGGGCAAGUUUUUUCUUCUCCUUAAAGUAAAAGUAGGAAAAAUUUGCAUCAUUACAAAUCAGAUCUGUGUCCGAUUUUAAAACCACAUAUUGAAUUCAGUUUCAGUGUGUAUUGUUGUUCACACUGCCACCCCACACAAUACUUUUUUCAAUAAAAAAGAUUAUAUUUUGGACACUUUUACCUGCUGUGUGAAUGUACCCUAAUUUUCAAUAUUAUUGUGUCUAUGCAAGUCAAUGUUUAUGGUUUUAAAUUGAGAUAAAAGCCAAAUGUUAAUAGUUGGUCAAUGUUUUACUCAGAUCACAGUGAGAACAGAUACAGAGAAGUACAAAUUCCUCUUCAGUCUGUAGCCGGCUGGAUGCUUUCACUAGAGGCCUGGCUAUGCGACGAUAACACCUCCAUAUAUAUAUACACAGCUGUUUCAGAGAAUCACUCAUUGCAUUUACCAAACUUAUAUUGGAGCACAGCAGCAAAGUGCACUGGGCUUAAUGUGUGUGUGUGUGUGUGUGUGUGUGUGUGUGAAAGAGAGAGAGAGAGAAAGUGAGAGUUUUUGCCUACUGUUUUAAAUAAUAAAUGUAUGCUCUAUGCAGCGAA